CCAGAUGCGCUCCGGGAUGAGACGAGCAGAGGAAGUGAGGAGGAAGCCUCUCAUUGUAUUGUGCGCUCACAAGUCUGCGCCAACUGGGACAAGCUGCAACUUUUUCCCCUCUCAACUUAACGACUCGCUUUUUUUUCUCUCCUUUUUUCCGAUUCUCGCUGAGGUCUGUGAAGCAGACGCAGUCUUCAACGCUGCGAGUUGAGAAAAGAUUUUGUUUUUGUUUUUUUUAAACGUAAUUUCCCAAAAUGAUGAUAAUCAUCGCGGAGUUCUUCGUGGUCAUCCUGAAGGUGCUGUGGGCUUUCGUAACAGCCGGGGCCAAGUGGGUGGUGCGGCCAAAGGAGAAGAGCGUGGCCGGACAGGUGUGCGUGAUCACCGGCGCUGGAAGUGGUCUCGGGCGGCUCUUCGCGAAGGAGUUCGCCCGGCGGAGAGCCACCCUGGUGCUGUGGGACAUAAACAGCCAAAGCAACGAGGAGACGGCAGAGAUGGUGCGACAGAUUUAUCACGAAGUGGACACGCCGACCUCCAAAGACGGCGGCGUCGAAGAAGUGCCUCCCUUCCAGCCUCAGGUGUACACGUACGUGUGCGACGUGGGCAAGCGUGAAAGCGUCUACUCCACCGCCGAGAAGGUGCGUCGAGAGGUGGGCGAGGUGGACAUACUCAUCAACAACGCCGGCGUGGUGUCGGGCCACCACCUCCUGGAGUGCCCCGACGAGCUGAUCGAGCGCACCAUGGUGGUCAACUGCCACGCACACUUCUGGACCACCAAGGCGUUUCUCCCCAAGAUGCUGGAGCUGAACCACGGCCACAUUGUGACGGUUGCCAGCUCGCUGGGUUUGUUCAGCACAGCUGGAGUGGAGGAUUACUGUGCCAGCAAGUUCGGUGCCAUCGGCUUCCACGAGUCCUUGAGCCACGAACUGAAAGCCUCGGAGAAGGACGGCAUCAACAUGACUCUGGUGUGUCCUUACCUGGUGGACACCGGCAUGUUCAAAGGCUGCAGAAUAAGGAAGGAGAUUGAACCGUUCCUGCCCCCCCUGAAGCCCGAGUUCUGCGUCAAGCAAGCCAUGCGUGCCAUCCUCACGGACCAGCCCAUGAUCUGCACGCCUCGCAUCGUCUACAUGGUCAACUUCAUGAAAAGCAUCCUACCCUUCGAGGCCAUCGUGUGCAUGUACCGCUUCCUCGGCGCCGACAAGUGCAUGUACCCCUUCCUGGCACAGCGGAAGGAGGCCAUGAACAACAACGACGCCAAGAACGGGAUCUAGGCGGGAGAGAGAGGGGGGGGGGGGCUGCGGCACACAAUCCUGCAAGCACGAGGAGGAGACGACCACUGUGGAAAAGGGGGGUGGGGGGGCUGAAAGACUGAAUGUGGGCUGGUGCACUUGCAUUGAGCAAAUGCAAAGGUUUACCAUAUUGUUCCUCUGGAACAAAGAAAGCUGUGUACUACACAAUGGAGUUAUUUGUCGUUUUGUGCGUGUGUUUCUUUUUUUUUUUUUUUUUUUUCAA